ACUGGCCGGUACGUGUAGUGAAUCAUUCGCCAUCGUCCACUCGACCAAUUGAGUCAGCAGCGGCUCCAGUUCGACGUCUGACGCAGUGAGAAUGACAAGUGUGUGGCCUGUGGCAGACGAUCCUCGUGCCAAGCUGUUCAAUGACCAAGUGCAUGGUUACAUCAAAGUCAAUGGUCUGUGCGUGUCGCUCAUGGACACACCGCAAUUCCAGCGACUCAGGGACCUCAAGCAGCUCGGUACACUCUACUACGUCUUCCCAGGAGCUUCGCACAACCGGUUCGAACACUCUCUGGGCGUCAGCUUCCUGUCCGGACAGACAGUUGAGCGGUUCCGCCAGCAGCAACCAGAGCUAGAGCUCACGCAGCGAGACGCUAGACUUCUGGUACGGAUGUUACAAUGGAAUCGACAGGAAAUUAGACAACUGACAGUGUGUGCGUAUUGUGUAGAGUGCAGCGGGACUACUGCACGAUCUCGGCCACGGGCCAUUCUCGCACGUGUUUGAGCACGAAUUCAUGCCACGUGUGGCGGCAGCGAGGGGAUACGGCAGCUCAGAUGCACCGGCAUAUCACCAUGAAGAUAUGUCGUUGCGAAUGGUUGAGUACAUAGUGGACGACAACAACAUUGACCUCGAAAAAGACGACAUGCGAUUCAUUCAGCAGCUCAUUGUUGGAGCUAAAGAGACGCACAUGGGCUCGCGUGUGGAUUCUCGCGGAUACCUGUACGAGAUUGUGGCAAACGGACGGAAUUGCAUUGACGUGGACAAGUUCGACUACCUGGCUCGAGAUAUGCUCAAUCUUUUCGGUCUACGCAAAGUCUUUGACUUCUCUCGACUCACGAUGUUUAACCGCGUGAUCGACAAUGAGAUUUGCUACCAUACAAGUGUGAAUCUGGACAUCUACGACAUGUUUCAGCAGCGGUAUCAGAUGCACAAGCAGAUCUACAACCACCGCAAGGGUAAAGCGGUCGAGUUCAUGAUCUGCGACGCAAUGUUGCUUGCCGACAAGGAGCUAGGCAUUUGUGCUGCCACACAGACACCUCAAGAAUUCCAGUUCCUCACGGACCACAUCGUUCAUUCGAUUGAGGCGUCCAAGACUGACUCGCUCGCCGACGCACGAGCUCUGCUUAAGCGUAUGCGUCGUCGCGAGCUGUAUGAGUUUAUUGACGAGUAUCUGUUGCCUCCUGACUUGAUGUCCCGCAUCCCUCGCUUCACCGCCGAAGAGUUAGCUACUCAAACUUCCCUCGACGGCGUGACACUGGCUCCGGAAGACAUCAUCGUAUCAGAUGGGCGACUAAACUACAAUUUCAAAGACCGCAACCCCGUGGAUAAUGUCUCGUUCUACGCUUCCAGUGAUCUAAACUCCAAGUUCCACAUCCCGAAGGAGGAAGUCAGCUUGCUAUUCCCCGAGAAGUUUGAAGAGCGCAUUAUACGCGUGUACAGCCGAAACAAAUCACUUAAGGUCCACGCAGCAAUUCAGCAUGCCUUCCGUACGUACAUUCGCCAAUUCAGCACGACACUUCCGCCGCCGUCACCGUCUUCCAAGGUUUUUGGCCAAAAGAUCACCGAGCACGUGCUGUCGUCCAAAAAGAAAGUUGUCAGAAAACUACCAGUGCUGCCAGAAAUAAGUAGUGAACACGACACCAACGGCAGCCCUUCAACGUCCCCAGCCAGCAAACGCCUCAAAUCUGCUCCAGAGAGUAAAGAUACCCAGUAAUAAUGAUGGUACCAAGUGCUGUACGUUACACCCAUCAUACACACCACCAUUCAACGUGUUUCAUUUAGAUAUAAGGUUCUGUGCGCGUAUGCCA